CCCUGGGGCGCACCAGGGAGGUGCACUGGCAAAGCAAGACCAUUUCCCGGCAAGGGCGCCAGUUCCUCAACUCUGCUCGUCCGGAAGUCCGGGGCGGACGAGCAGAAAGCCCUAGCGUCCAGCCCGGCUCCCUGGAGCAAACCCAGUGGCCUGGACUUCCCUGAUUAUUAUUGUUGUUGUUUAUACAGCGAGCACGAAAUUCUUCCCCAGGGCCUCCUCCCCCACCCUCCCUACCUGCUCCUCCCUCCUGUUGUAACAUGUCUUUAGUGAGCCUGCGACCUCAUUACCAAGGGUGCUAGAGUUCGCAUUCAGCCACCAUGGGGAAUGGGAUGAACAAGAUCCUGCCUGGCCUAUACAUCGGCAACUUCAAAGAUGCCAGAGAUGCAGAGCAACUGAGCAAGAACAAGGUGACACAUAUUCUGUCUGUCCACGAUAGUGCCAGGCCUAUGUUGGAGGGAGUUAAAUACCUGUGCAUUCCAGCAGCGGAUUCACCGUCUCAAAACCUGACAAGACAUUUCAAAGAAAGUAUUAAAUUCAUUCACGAGUGCCGACUCAGGGGUGAGGGCUGUCUUGUACACUGCCUGGCUGGUGUCUCCAGGAGUGUGACUCUGGUGAUCGCAUACAUCAUGACCGUCACUGAUUUUGGCUGGGAGGACGCUCUGCACACUGUGCGUGCAGGGAGGUCCUGUGCCAACCCCAACUUGGGCUUCCAGAGACAGCUCCAGGAGUUUGAGAAGCAUGAAGUCCACCAGUACCGACAGUGGCUGAAGGAAGAAUAUGGAGAGAGCCCUUUGCGGGAUGCUGAAGAAGCCAAAAACAUUCUGGGUAAAUAUAAAGAGCAAGGGCGUGUGGAGUCCCAGCCUGGUACGAGGCGGUGGAGCAGCUUUCAGACCCUGCCUCCUCUGGCCUACAGCAACUAUACAACGGAGACCUAAUAACAGAGUGAUCUGGUGCCUGCCUUUCCAUCCCUUUUCUUCAGUGCAUUUCUGCCGGGUGCCCUGGAGUGCUGACUGCCCCCAUGGAAGACAGGAGAGGGAGGGUGGCGAAGUGGAUCCAGGCUCCUUCUCCAUGAACCCUCCAGCCCUGCCCCAGGCCCUUUCACUAUCCCAACACCUGCCCUACCUGAGCUUGGGGAAUCUGCUUGGCUGCCCUAUACCAACUCAUGUGUUCACCUGUGUGCAGGCAAGUGUGCAUGUGUGCCCAUGCACGUGAAUGUUCAUAUUGCAGCAACAGUCACAAAAUCCAUGCUGCCAGCCUUGGUAUCACCACCCUUCCUUUUUCCAAGACUCCAAACAGAAGUCAUCUGAAGUUAACAUUUUAAGAGCUGCUCAGCCAGAGGCAGUCUGUGGCUUUGAGCAGACAGAAUCCAGGUUGGUCAUGGUGAGGGCAGCAGAAGGCCAGACUCCCUCCUGAGUGUUGUUCCACGGGCCCUGGAAGGCAGAAGAGGGGUGCUCUGAGCAUUGCCUCAAUCUUAGUGAAAGUGCCCCAGGAUGUGGCUCCUACCACUUGAAGUCAAGACCUCCUUCUCAGCCCAUCAUAUCCCUGAGUUCUACUUGGUGUUUGUUCUUGGUGGCCCUGACAAUAUUUCGGUUCCAUGGGGAGCACAACCACUUCAGCCCAGGCUGUAUGCCCAGAGGGCUCUUCCUUUCUAUUUCUGUCCAGCUUCACUUGUUCUCACCUCUUGUUCUCUUGCUGUUACAACUCUGCAAGGGCCUCUUUACAACAUUUGCAUGCAUCUUCAGGAAUUGGAAAGAGCGUUUAUUAGGCACUGUAGCAAGUUUGCAUUUAAAAAUACAUUUUAAAAUGCCUGAGCACUAAUUAAGCACUUUUGUGUAUGCUGUGGAUUUGAUAUUUGAUCUCAGCUACCUCAUUAAAUGUUUUUUGAGAA